UCCUUAGUAAAUUUCCUAUGAUUUCUAUUGCAUAAAAAGUAAGAAACAAUGGAGUCACUAACAACAUCAUCUCCCAGACUUUCUGUACGUCGUCGGGGACCGGAAUUGAUUGUGCCCGCGAAGCCGACACCUUGUGAAGUGAAGAAACUUUCAGACAUAGAUGAUCAAGAAGGGCUACAUUUUCAAUUGCCAAUUUUAAUGUAUUAUCAUAGUGUUCCUUCCAUGAAAGAAAAGGACGUUGUGGGUAUCAUCAGAGAAGCAAUGAGUGAAGCACUUGUGUUUUAUUACCCAUUUGCAGGGAGGAUCAUUCAAGGUCCUAACAGGAAACUUAUGGUGGAGUGUAAGGGACAAGGGAUCUUGUUCAUUGAAGCUGAUGCUGAUAUUACCAUUGAACAGCUCAAUGACUCAAUGCAGUUGCUUCCUUGUCCUUUCAUUGAAGAUCUUCUUUAUGAUGUUCCUGGUUCUUCUGGUAUUCUUGGAUGCCCUUUGCUGUUGAUCCAGGUGACUCAAUUGGCAUGUGGAGGAUUUGUUUUUGCAAUACGUUUGAACCACACCAUGAGUGAUGCUCUUGGAUUAGCAAAAUUUCUAAUGGCAACUGCGGAGUUUGCACGAGGAGCCAAAGCACCAUCCAUAUUCCCUGUUUGGCAAAGAGACAUUUUGUACGCACGAGACCCACCCCAUGUGACACAUGCACAUCGUGAAUACGACGAGAUUCCAAUAAACGACCACAAUAAAAAGUCUAUAAUGACUUUGGACCAACCAAACAUGGCCCAUCGUUCUUUCUUAUUUGGCCCUCGUGAAAUAACAUCUUUACGAAACCAUUUUCCUCCACACCUUCGCAAAUGCUCAACAUUUGAAGUGCUCACAGCGUGUUUGUGGAAAUGCCGAACUGCUGCACUUGAACUUGAUCCUGAUGAGAUCAUUCGUCUCUCAUGUAUGAUAAACCUCGGGGGCAAGGGAAACCAGCUACAAUUACCGGUUGGAUACUACGGCAAUGCUUUUGCCUUUCCUGCGGCGCUUUCAAGGGCUGGAGAUUUGUGUAAAAAUCCACUAGCAUAUGCAAUUGAUUUGAUAAGGAAGUCCAAGGACUUGAUGAGUGAAGAGUACAUAAGGUCAGUAGCAGAUUUCAUGGUGAUUAAAGGGCGACCACGUUAUACUACAGUUUGGAACUUUCUUGUGGCUGAUGCUAGUCGUGCUGGGCUUGUAGAUGUUGAUUUUGGAUGGGGAAAGCCAGUUUUUGGAGGGCCUGUGGGGGCAUUGCCUUGUGGAAUUAUCUUUAAUCGGUUCAAAAAUAGCGAAGGAGAGGAUGGGAUUUUAGUACCCAUACUGUUGCCUCGGCCAGCCAUGGAGAAGUUUCAAGAUGAGCUCUUGAAAUUGAUGAGUGAGGAGUCCGUGGUAUAUAAUAAUAAGCACCCAAAAAUUCCAUCCAUGCUUUAAAACUAAUUCAUCGCUGAAUGUUGAAAAGACUUGCUUUGUUGCUGCUUUUGAUCUCCAUCACUGCAAAAAAUAUCAGCUCCUGAAAAUUUUAUAUUUUAUAUCCA